AUGGGCGAGGGCGAGUUCGUCGACGUCGAGCGCGGCGUGGUCGCUGAAGGGGCGUUGGACGACGACGCGUCGCCGAUCGAGGAGGUCCGGCUGACGGUUCCGGUCACUGACGACUCGUCCCUUCCGGUGUGGACGUUCCGGAUGUGGACACUCGGCCUGCUCUCGUGCGUGCUCAUGAGCUUCCUGAACCAGUUCUUCUCCUACCGCACCGAGCCGCUCAUCGUCACCCAGAUCACCGUGCAGGUGGCCUCGCUGCCUCUGGGCCACAUCCUCGCCCGCGUGCUGCCGCGCCGCAAGUUCAAGGCCCCCGCGCUGCUCGGCGGCGGGGAGUGCAGCCUCAACCCGGGGCCCUUCAACAUGAAGGAGCACGUGCUCGUCUCCAUCUUCGCCAACGCCGGCUGCGCCUUCGGCAGCGGGUCCGCCUACGCCGUCAUGAUCGUCGACAUCAUCCGCGCCUUCUACGGGCGGUCCAUCUCCCUCUUCCCCGCAUGGCUCCUCAUCACCACCACGCAGGUGCUCGGCUACGGGUGGGCGGGGCUGAUGCGCAGGUACGUGGUGGAGCCGGCGCAAAUGUGGUGGCCCGGCACGCUCGUGCAGGUGUCGCUGUUCAGGGCGCUGCACGGGAAGGGGGAAGAGAAGGAGGAGAAUAAGGAGGGCAGCGGCGGCGGGAUGUCUCAGGCCAAGUUCUUCCUGAUCGCGCUCGCCUGCAGCUUCCUGUGGUACGCCGUGCCGGGUUACCUGUUCCCGACGCUGACCUCCGUCUCGUGGGUCUGCUGGAUCUUCUCCAAGUCCGUCACGGCGCAGCAGCUGGGCUCCGGCAUGAAGGGCCUGGGCCUCGGCGCCUUCACCCUCGACUGGACGGCCGUGUCAGCCUUCCUGUACAGCCCGCUGAUCUCGCCGUUCUUUGCCACCGCCAACAUCUUGGCCGGCUACGUGCUCCUGAUGUACGUGGUCGUGCCGGUGUCGUACUGGGGCCUCGACCUGUACAACGCCCGGAGGUUCCCCAUCUUCUCGUCGCACCUGUUCACGGCCACCGGCAGCACAUACGACAUCACGGCCAUCGUGAACGACCGCUUCGAGAUCGACAUGGACGGGUACCAUCGGAUGGGGCGGAUCAACAUGAGCACGUUCUUUGCGCUGUCCUACGGGCUCGGCUUCGCGACGAUCGCGGCCACCGUCACGCACGUGGCGCUGUUCCACGGGAAGGAGAUCUACCGCCGGUUCCGCGCGUCGCAGAGGGACAAGCCCGACGUGCACACGAGGCUGAUGAAGAGCUACCGCGACGUGCCGAGCUGGUGGUUCUACGCGAUGCUCGCGCUGUCCAUGGCCGUCUCGCUCUUGCUCUGCACCGUCCUCAGGUCGGCGGUGCAGCUCCCGUGGUGGGGUCUCCUCUUCGCCUGCGCCAUGGCCUUCGUGUUCACGCUGCCGAUCAGCAUCAUCACGGCCACGACCAACCAGACGCCAGGGCUCAACAUCAUCACCGAGUACGUCAUCGGGCUCAUGCUUCCGGGCAAGCCCAUCGCCAACGUCUGCUUCAAGGCGUACGGCUACAUGAGCAUGUCGCAGGCCGUGUCCUUCCUGUCCGACUUCAAGCUCGGCCACUACAUGAAGAUACCCCCCAAGUCCAUGUUCCUCGUGAAGUUGGUCGGCACGGUGGUCGCCUCCACGGUCAACCUCGUGGUGGCGUACUGGCUGCUGGGUUCCAUCCCCAACAUCUGCCAGGACGCGCUCCUCCCGGCGGAUAGCCCGUGGACGUGCCCGAACGACCGCGUCUUCUUCGACGCGUCCGUCAUCUGGGGCCUCGUCGGGCCGCGCCGCAUCUUCGGGCCACUCGGCAACUACGGCGCGCUCAAUUGGUUCUUCCUCGCUGGCGCCGUGGGACCCGUCAUUGUGUACUUGCUCCACAGGGCGUUCCCCAGCAAGACCUGGAUACCGAUGAUCAACCUGCCGGUGCUCAUCGGAGCGACCUCCUACAUGCCGCCGGCAACGGCCGUGAACUACAACUCCUGGCUGAUCAUCGGGAUCAUCUUCAACUUCUUCGUUUUCCGGUACAGGAAGCUGUGGUGGAAGAGGUACAACUACAUCCUCUCGGCUGCGCUCGACGCCGGCGUCGCGUUCAUGGCGGUGCUGCUCUACUUCUCGCUGUCGAUGGAGAACCGGAGCAUCAGCUGGUGGGGUACGGCCGGCGAGCACUGCCCGCUGGCCUCAUGCCCUACCGCCAAAGGGAUAAACUUGGGCGCUGAUAGCGUCUGCCCUGUUGUGUUAUAAACUUUUUGUACCGAGGACUGUUGAUAUGUACUUGCUCGCAAUCGCAACACUACUGAUAGUUCAGUGUUUUUUUUCUCCUUGCUAGGAUCAGGAGAGUUCAGAAGUCACUGAAAUUCAGCAUGAUUCCAGUAGUUAGUUUUACGUUCCUGCAUGAUCCAAAACUCUUUCCUUUUUUUUUUUUUUGGUUUCCUCGCUUCUACAUAUACACGGAAUUGAACAGAGAUGGAUAUUCCGAGUCUCUCAAAUGAAUUUAAGUGACUUUUGAAUUUACUUGUGCCGCUGAUGAGCGCCGCACCGGCAGUGGCAUGAGGCAGCAGCUGUUUGAGCCUAGGCCGUGACCGGCAGAAAAGCCUGCACGUUGUGGGCCGAAACCGCAUCAAAG